AUGGAUUUAACUACAUGGUUUUGGACUUAUGAUCGUAGAUGGUUUUUUGAUUUAAAAGUGCCUUUUCUUGAUAAAAUAUGGAUUUUACCAAUUGCUGUGGACCUUUCUCUAGGUGUUUUAACAGUUUAUACUCUUUUUUUUUAAAACUAAUCGUGCUUAACUUAAUUUGGAUAUGUAAAUUGGCUUGAAGUUCAGCUCUCACUUUAAAUUCUUUCUGUUAUAUUGAUUGGAUUUCUUAUUUUUAGGAUAAGAGGUAUUGAUAGAUAGCAUGGACAAUUAUUUGAUCACAUUAGUAAACCAAAAGCAUCGAAUCCAAAAAAUUAUAAAUAUUGGAUAAGAACUAAAGGCCUACUAUCUGUUUUAGGAUUUGGAGUUCUCACUCUUGCGUUUAUAAAAUUUGUAUGGGUUUGGGUAGGAUAUAUUCUUUACACUCAACAUUCUUUUGAUCAUUGUGAUAAUGAAUUUAAGAGAACAUUUCUAUCUAAUUUUAUAGUACCUUUAGUUUGCUUAAUACCAAUAGGUUUAACAAUUGUAAUGUUUCUCCUUAUUAAGAUAAUUAAUGCUAUUGGUUCAUGGUUGAUGCCAUCAACAUUUGUAUGGAUUUCUAAAAGAAUAUGA